ACAAAGUGUGUGGCUCCUCAUCUGUAAUAGAAAGCAGGGUCUUCUCAAUCAUUCUUUCCUUCCUUUUGGAAAUCUUAUUACCAUGACAUAAAACGUGAGAUGACUCACUGUAACAUGACUCCUCCCACUUAAUUUAAAUCCCAGCUGAGGACUAGAGAAGUAGUAUUAUCAGAGUGUGUUCGUUCUGUUGCAUUUGACUGACUGGCGACCUGAAAGCGCUAUGGCUGGUUUCUCAACAUGCAUCAUCUUCACCUGCGUCCUCUGUCAGCUAACAGUCACAGCAGCUUCUGGAACUCUGAAGGAGGUGGCCGGUGCCCUUGAUGGAUCUGUGACAUUCACUCUGAAUAUCACUGAAAUAAAGGUUGACUAUGUUGUUGUAUGGACCUUCAAGACACUCUUUCUUGCCAUAGUAGACAAAAACAAUGGCGUAAUAUCUCAAAGUAGUAACAAAGAAAGAAUGGUCUUUCCUGAUGGACACUCCAUGAAACUCAGCCAGUUGAGGAAGAAUGACUCCGGAGCCUACCGUGCAGAGAUUCACAGUUCAUCGCUUCAGUCUCCCUUCACCCAGGAGUAUGUGUUGCAUGUCUAUGAGUAUCUGCCAAGACCUAAGGUCACCAUGAAUCGGCAAAGCAAUAAGAACGGCACCUGCAUAAUCAAUCUGACAUGUUCUGUGGAACAGAAUGGAGAGAAUGUGACGUACAGCUGGAAAGCCAUGGGACAGGCAGUCAAUGAAUUUCAUGAUAGUGCCAACCUUCCCAUCUCCUGGAGAUUGGGAGAGAAAGACAAGACCUUAAUCUGCAUGGCCAGGAAUCCAGUCAGCAACAGUUCCUCAACUCCCAUCCUUGUCCAGAAGCUCUGUGAAGGUGCUGCCACAGACCUAAAUUCACCCAGGGGCAUCCUAUACAUCCUGUGCAUCUCAGUAGUGCUCAUUCUGUUUAGUGUCUCGCUGGCGAUUAUUCUUCAUAUUAAGUGGGCACAGAAAAGAAAAGGCUUUGAGAAAGACAAGAAGAGAGUUGACAGCCAUGAGGAAAUGCCCAACUCCUGCCCUCACCUGGAGGAGAACACAGACUAUGACACGAUCCCUUACUCAGAAAAAAGGAGACCAGAAGAAGAGGCACCAAACACAUUUUAUUCCACUGUGCAGAUUCCCAAAGUGGUGAAGAGUCCCAGCUCCCUGCCUGCAAUGCCUGCAGUGCCUGUAGUGCCACACACUCCAAUGCCAUUAAGCUUUGAAAAUGUUAUCUAGACAGCAGCACUCCAUCCUCUCGCUCCAGAAAAAAAGCUGCAAAAAAAAAUCUCACCAUUCUGAGCAGAAAGGAAGACUUCUGUCAAAGACUGAAUGUGAAUGUCUCCCCGCCAGACCCAUGUAUUUGCAUACAGAUGGUGAAGAUCUGGCUCAAGGGAUUUCAGGGAACAAUGACUCUUGGGGAUGGGAUACGACCCAUUCAGACAUUCUGACAAAGAAUCUGGCUAUGCCCAGCCUGUCUCCAGUAAUUAUGAAUGACGUUGUGUUCACAGGCAAUGGACUAAUUUGUUCGAUGAAGAAAUUUCAAGACAGCACAGCAUCUAGGUUGUGACACAGCUAUGUUCAACGUUUUUAUUCACAUUUAUAGUAACUCUGUAAAUAUUUAAUCUCAAUAAUUCAGUUCCCAGAUAAAGGACACACAGCCUUUUAUAUUUAUAAUAUAAAUAUAAUAUAAAUAAUAUAAAUAUAGUAUAAAUAAUAUAGUGCCUUUAUAGCACUAGAGCUGGGCAGACAUCUACCCUCUAAGCUGCCUACUUCCCUAUCAAUAACCCAGAGAUAAAAUUUGCCAUGUUCUAUCUAGGCUGCUCUUACUCCAAUUGGCCCAGCCUUCAUGGCCAUAUUUUCAUGAUUCACCUACCCAGUGACGUCUUCUCCUCUCUCCGCCUUUUCUCUCUUUCCUCCUCAUCAUCCUCCUGCCUCAGAUCCCAAGCCUAAGAACCAAAACCUCACCUACCUCUCUUCUGCCCAGCUAUAGGCUGCCAGCAUCUUUAUUCAAGCAAUAGUUUUAAAUUACAGAGCAAUGAAACAUGGCAUCACUUUGUGUGGAUGAGGAUUCUCUAGUCCCUGAGGGCAACCAGACCUUGGGGACCAGUAAUAAGUAUUACAAUACAGAGCAACAGACCACACCUCCACAGAACUCGAAACAAAGAAAAGAAACAGGAGGAUGUGAAAAGCACGCGGUUUGAUAGGUAGCAUGAAAGGUUUUCAAAUGGGUUUUUCACCUUAGACUGUAAUGGUUAAAGAGAUGAACUCCUUUAAAGAGUAACCCCAGACUGUGCCCUAGGACAACAGAAAAGGGGCACUGAGAGCAAGACCCUGUCUAUCAAAAACUUCAAGGUAUAAACUGAAAAACCCUCUUCAAAAAGCUGUCAUUUAAAAGGAAGAAUGCCUGAACAUAGAGUGUCCCACAUCGUCACAUCAGACUGGGGAAGUAUUUCUCUGGAUUCUCACAGUUCUCAGAGGCCGCUGGAGCCCUGACCCAAACAGGUAUGGCUCUAUCCCUGAGUGGCAGCAGAACUCAGCAACUUCCAGCUUUACACACAUGCAGAAUGUAAAAUCUGGGGAGUCACUGGGGCUUGCACUAAGGUUCCAGGGGAGGAAAACCAGACAAUGUGUACUGAGGUUGGGCUUUCUGAGUGGACCUACCCUGUAAGCUUGCAUGAAACAAUGAAGGAAAAACCUAACUAGCAGUUUAGACUCCAGGAUGCUGGAGCUGCCAGGAACAUGAAGCAUCUACUGAGAAAAACUUCAGGCACUGAAAACACCCAAGAAAGAGGCCAUGUGUGGUUUAGGUUGCAAGGUCAUGGAAACAGGCCUCCUCAAAUCCACUGAAACAUACAUGACGAUACCAUGUACCUAGGAUGCCAGAUACAGAACUUCAAGGUUUAUAUCUCUCUGCUGGGUUUUGACCUAUCUUUGGCUCUUUUUUUUCCACACCCCAUCCCUCCCUUUUGGAAUGUGAAUGUUUCCUUUGCCAUUGUACAUUGAAAGUAUGUGAGUUUUCUAUUUUAUAAGAGCUCACAGCUAAGACUUUGCCUUACAACUCAUAAAAGACAUUGGACAUUGAACUAUUAUGUCUAGGAACUCUUGAAGUUAGAUGAAAUGUAUUUUGCAUUGUGUGACGACCGUGAACCUAUUGAGCCAAGAUCUGUGAGCCAAGACGGGAAUGUUAUGGGUCGAGUCUAAAAGAUGCUCCAUGUACAGGCUUGUGUGUUUGAACACUUGGUGUUCAGUUUGAACAGUUGAUGUUAUUUAAGGGUGCUGUAGACCCUAUAGAAGAUAGAGCCUGCCUGGAGAUGCUGAAUUUCCAGGAGGGAAGCCUUGAAGGUGAUAUUCACUUCUGGCUCUGAGCUCACCUCAUGCAGAGUCCUAUCCACCAUGUCAUGAAGAAACAGACAUUGCAAACUCCUUCCAAUACAGACCAUGCUCCUGAAGCCACCAUGGCUCUGAUGACGAUGGAAUAUAAACUCUAGAACUCAAAACUGAAAUCAGCCCCUUCCCCUGUAAGAUGUUUCUGCUAGCAUUUUGGCACAGUGGUAACUUCCUUCCAGAAUAAGCUACUCUUAGCAUCUUCGGACUCUGAGGUUCAUCAUCCAAUUGCUGAGAACUCUCCCCAAACCCAGAAUCUGUAUUCCUUUCUGCCGAUGUGACUAAAUCUGUCAGUUAGUCCAGAGAAAAAGACUGGGAGAUGCCUUGAUACAUAAGUACAUAUUAAUUAAGGCCUCAGGACAGGAGCUUAAGUCCUAUCCUAUUCUAGAACUUGAGAUCAGGACUGCCAGAAGACUGCUUGCCGGGACAGACAGAUGUGUCCAGCACACGCAGGUUUAAUUGUCCCAAAUAAAUGUAUUAAUUUAUUAAUGAAACCA